ACCUAGUGUUGGGGGGAGGUAUCUGUGUGUAUGAGGCAUGGAGAGUAGGAUGAAGGUACUGAAGCUUUUUAAAACUUUGCACAGGACCAGACAACGUGUGUUUCAAAAUGAUAGCAGAGCAUUGGGAGCUGGGAGACAGAAAAUCAAUGAAGAGUUCAAAAAGAACAAAAGUGAAAGUUCUCCAGUGAAAAUAUCAGAGUUAAUAAAAAUUGGAGCAGAUGUGGAACUUAUUCUCAGAACAACUGUUAUCCAAGGAAUUCACACAGAUUCUCACACAAUAGUUUUACAACCAAGAGAAGAAGUUAUGCUAGACAAUGAACCAUAUUGUGAUGGUCCAAAAAAAUAAGACUUAAGGAUCUUUUUUUUAAAUAUAUUUUUAUUCAGUUUUAUAUAUCCCAUUGGUUUUUAGUGUGUAUUUUUUGUUUUAUUAAUUUUUAUUUUACUUUUUUGUAAAACGGUUUAAUGGUUCACAUCUUUAUAAUUUGUAAAAUGUGUUGC